GAAGCCGGGCUGGGGGACACGGUGGGAACCGGAGGUGGCAGAGCUCCUGGAAGCCGCGGACACAGGGACUCAGUCCCAGCGCCGUGCUGCGGGUCCCUGUCCCAUCCCGGGCCUGGGGGUGCCCAGUUUGGGGCGCCCCUCGGGGGACCGGGGCUCCCUGCCCCGGCAUGUCCUUGCUGGGGGCUCCUCUCGGUUUCCUCCCCCAGCAAUGAGGCUGCAGCUUCCUCGCUGCCUCCUCUUCCCCGUGCCCACCGUGGGGUAGCGGGAAUGGGGUGGACACAGUGGGGACAGGGACUGGGACCCCGUGCCGUGCUGUGCUGUGCCGUGCCAGGCUGCGGCUGCCUACGUGCCAGCAGGCUGGACAUGCAACCUGCGCUGGGCUGGUGCCCAAAGCCAGAGGGAAGUGGGACGGGAGAAAUGGAAAGAGGAACGUGGUGACACGGAGGGACAAGGCAAGGGGACAGCCCUGUGCCCCAGUAUCACCUCUGCCAUCCGGUCUGGGCCCGCAUUUGGUGUUCCUGGGAAGCCGUCAGGGAUUGGAGGAAGGAAUCAGGACAGCCCCAGAGAAUUCUCGUGUUGGGAGGGAUCAUGUGGGGCACAGAGGGGCUGAGCCCCUCCUCAGCUGCCGCCAGCCUCCAGGCGAGACGGGGACGUGUGGCUGCCUGGUCCCAUCUGCAUCUCCCUGGCAAUGUUGGGGUCCCUGGAUGCCACGGUGCAGGAUGGGCACCACGGCCGUGCUGCUGGCCCUGCUCCCCACGGCCACCGCACAGCCCACGCCACCCCCGGGCUGCGGACACGACCUCUCCUCCCUCUACUACAACCUCUGUGACCUCUCGGCGGGCUGGGGCAUCGGGGUGGAAGCAGUGGCCAGCCUCGGUGUGGUGACCACCUUCGUGCUCACCAUCGUCCUGGUGGCCAGCCUGCCCUUCGUGCAGGACCACCAGAAGAAGAGCCUGGUGGCCACGCAGGUCUUCUUCCUCGUGGGCACCUUCGGGCUCUUCUGCCUGACCUUCGACUUCAUCGUGGGGCCGGAUUUCUCCACCUGCACCUCGCGCCGCUUCCUCUUCGGCGUCCUCUUCGGCAUCUGCUUCUCCUGCCUGCUGGCGCACGCCGUGGCCCUCAACUUCCUGGCGCGGCGCAACCGGGCGCCGCGGGGCUGGGUGACGCUGGCGGUGGCCCUGUCCCUCGCCUCGGUCGAGGCCAUCAUCAACACCGAGUGGCUCAUCAUCACGGUGGCUCGGGGAGAGGGCGGCGCCGCAGACCCCUGCCAGCUGGCGGAUUCUGACUUUGUCAUGGCGCUCAUCUACGUCAUGGCCCUGCUGGUGGCCGCCUUCGGCACGGCCUGGCCGACCCUCUGCGGCCGCUACGGCCGCUGGCGCAAGCACGGCGCCUUCAUCCUGGCCACCACCGGGCUGUCCGUGGCCAUCUGGCUGGCGUGGACCAUCAUGUACUUGUACGGGAACCAGCGCGCCGGCCACAAGCCCGGCUGGGAUGACCCCACGCUGGCCAUCGCGCUGGUCUGUAACGCCGCCGCCUUCCUGCUGCUCUACGUCAUCCCCGAGGUGACGCACGUGACACGGCGCAGCCCCGAGCAGGCCUUCGAGGACGAUGGCUACCCCACACGUGGGGUGGGCUACGAGACCAUCCUCAAGGAGCAGAAGUCGCAGAGCAUGUUCGUGGAGAACAAGGCGUUCUCCAUGGAUGAGCCGUCCUUUGCAGCCAAGAAGCCGGUGUCUCCAUACAGUGGCUACAACGGGCAGCUGCUGACCAGUGUCUACCAGCCCACCGAGAUGGCUCUGAUGCAUAAAGGGACGACCGAAGGUCCCUACGACGUGAUCCUGCCCCGUGCCUCCACCAGCCCCAUGCCCGGCAGCGCCAGCUCCACGCUCCGGGCCGAGGACGCCUUCGCGGCGCAGGCCCGGCACUGCAGCAUCCCGAGGGACUCCCGCAGCUGCCAGGUGCAGUCCCCGUACAGCAGGAACCGGUGGUGAAGCCCCCGUGACGCAGCUCCCGCAGCGCCGGCACAGCCGCGGCCCCUCCGUCCCGCUCCCCAGGGCUCGCCGAGCCUCCUCCCACCCUGACCAUGAAUCCCACCCUGGCUGGCAGCCGGAGCUGGUUCCUGCCCGUGGCAUUCCUGGACACAGCCCCAUCCCACCUGGCCAUGGACCCCCACAUCCCUGCCUCAAGGACUGGCUCCUGUGGGGACACCCCCUGUUGUCGCCUCGCUGCCUUUGUGAUGCACAGACACCCCAACUUCCCCGGGCCGUGGACCCUGCAAAGCUGGGGAGCCCCUGGGACCCUCAGCACCGAGCCCCCGCCCCACACUGACCCCCUGCAGCCCUGGGGACCCCGAGCUGAGCUGGCCCCAGGCCACUGCAGGGCACAAGGGGACACGAAGCUGUCCCCAUCUCUGCCUCCUUCUGUUCCUGUUUCCCUAUUUCUGGGCAGGGGGUCUGCUUGGGGUCCAGGGGAUCAGUGCCUUGCUGGGGCUGGGGACCAGCCCCCCACAGCCCUGGCAACCUUCUCGGUGCCUUCCCCCUCUCGGGGCUCGGGGACCCCUGCAGGGAGUGGGGAGGGAGCUGGGCCCCUCGCCCUCCUUGUGGCUUUCU